AGGGUUUUCCCGCCACCACCGCUCCGCCAUCCCGCAUUCCCGCCCCUGCCGUCGCUGCAGCAGCGAUGGCCGCCGCCGCCGACGACGCGACGUGGGAGCGCGCCAUCUCCACCGCCACCAAGUCCACCUCCGCGCCCAAGACCCUCACUCUCGACGGCGCCGUCAAGUCCUCCACGGGCCGCCUCCCCUCCGCCGCACUCAUCGGGCGCUUCGCCGCUUCCCUCGAGGAGCUCUCCGUCGCGGGGGCCGGCCUCUCCUCGCUCACGGGCCUGCCCCGCCUCCCGGCGCUUCGGCGCCUCUCCCUCCCCGACAACCGUCUCUCGGGGCCCGCCGCGCUCGCCGCUGUCGCGGAGGCCUGCGGUGCCACGCUGCGCCACCUCGAUCUAGGUAACAACCUGUUCGCCGAAGUCGAGGAGCUCGCGCCGCUCGCCGGGAUCGGAGUCGAGUUGCUCGACCUGUACCAGUGCCCCGUCACCAAAGUCAAGGGGUACAGGGAGAAGGUCUUCGCGCUGAUUCCCAGCUUGAAGCAUCUCGAUGGCGCCGACGCUGAGGGCAACGAGCGUUUGGAGAUGGGUGACGAUGAGGACGACGAGGAGGACAACGAGGAGGGAGAAGGAUGGGGAGAGGUGUCUCCCUCGGAGGAUGGAAAAGAGGGUGAUGGAGAGGAAAUGGAUGAAGCAGAUGACGAGGAUGGUGAAUGGGAGGAUGAGGAGGUUUCUGAUGAAGAUGAGGCGGAAGAAGCAGCUUUGAUGUUACUCUUGCACAACAACAGGAGAAGAUGGGUUAUUAUGUUUCUGCUCUGUAUGCUCUGUCUACUGCAAAUGGAAGAUGAAGACAGUGAAGACGAUGAGGACGAACUUGAUACAGACGCAGAGGACAACGAGAACAUCGAAAGCAAAGUUUCCCUGCCAAAUAAGAGGAAACGGUGUAACGAGGAUGAUGCCAAUGGAGACAAGUAAAACGGUGAGGUAAAUAUUAUUUUCUUUACUUCGGAAGUGUUCUGUGCACUAAUAGUAGACUAGGGCAUACUGUUUUUAGGUGAUUCCAUUUUUGAAGUAUCGUUUGGAUUCUGGAAGUUGACUGACACUGAAAUCAUGAGUAGGAUGCGACCCCCCCCCCCCCCCCCCCCCCCAUCGAUAUCCCAGUUCAUAUUAUGCUGUUUCCUCUGGGCAUGACCUUUUCAUGCUUUUAUGCAAACUAUGUAUAUGUUUCUGGUGUG